AUGGAAAUAGAAGAAAACUCAAACGAUACAUCGUUUAUUGAUAUGAAACGUACAGCUAUUGAUUCUUCUGGACACCUUGGUUUCUUUUAUGAUGCAUGCCGAGAUUGUCUAGUUGAACAGCAUAAUAUGAAUCACCAAGAAGAAUCAUAUAAAACGCAUAAAACAGUUAAAGGCGAGAUUAAAUAUGGUAAUGAUGAUAAACCUCAAAAUCUUUUACGACUCCUUUCUAUAGACGAACACUUAAUAUUGAGUAUCCUAUUAAGAUUAACACCAAGUACGGGAAAAGCUUCACUCAUUGAUUAUUCUCAUUUAUCCAACGAAUAUACUCGAUUAUUCUGUUAUUCUUAUAUAGAUCGUAUACAGAAACUACCAGACACUAUAAUAGAUAUCGAACGAUUAAUGAAUUCACCAAUAUUUUCAACUGCGGCAACUCAUAUUAUAACUGGUAUUGAAUGGGGACAUGAUUUAGUUGUCUUUCUACAGUUACCAGCUGACCAUCAUGUGGCAACACAGAUUGAUAAUGUACUUAACAAACUUCUUUCAUCUUUACUUUAUGAGAAUAAUAUUUCUUCACUAACUCAAUAUGAAGAAAGUCUUUUAGAAAAUAUUGUUCACACAAAAGUUUACACUAAUUCAUCUGAAUUAAACAAUUUGAAUAAAGUACGUGAUGUCUGUCAGUAUAUAAAAGAAAACAUAAACAACAUUAGAGUAUAUCCGAUAAAAUAUAUUCUUCGACCCAUCAAAUAUUUCUAUCCACAAUAUAAUGGAGAAUGUGUGAAAUUCACUCUUCUAUCUCGAGAACUCAAUGGAUAUAUCGAAGAUUACGUCCUUCAAUUAAUAAUUCAAAUGAAACAAUUAGAAAAAACUAUUGUAGAAGAUAUGCCGAAGUUCUUAUGUGAACAUUUGAAACAACAACAAAAUAAUAUCCAAAUACAAUGGCUCAAUUUGAAAGAAAAAAUUAGAAAAGAAUUCGAACGACUUUCCAAUUUAGUUAUCCAAAUUCGUAAUGGCCAAGCUGAAAACCUAAUCAUCGAGCAAAUAUUUAACAAUAACGAACAAAUGAUGAUGAACAAUCAUGUUAACGAUUUAAUGAAAAAUCUUAAAAAUCUCGAAGAAAAAGAAAAUUUUAUCAGAUAUUUAAUUCAACAAAAUUUUCAAUACUUGAAUAUCACCGAGUAUAAUAUCAAUCAAACAGAUAAUGAAAAAUCUAUUCAACAUAAACUCGUUCAAAAUGAUCAACAUCAUCGAAUUCUCACAA